UAAAGUAAAGCUCACCCUCCUCUCCACAGCAUGUCCCCUCCUCACUGCCCACUCUUACUGCAUGCUUUCUAAAUUCCCACAACCAGCCUCCAGACUUUGGCCUCUUUUGCCCGGGAGAUGAUGGACAGCAGGAUACUAGAGCACCCUCAUGCCCAGUUUGGAGGUUCUCUUAGUGGGAUGGUGGGCUUUCCCUACCAUUUGAGCCACCACCAUGUAUACGAAUUAGCCGGGCACCAACUCCAGUCUGCGGCCGCGGUUCCUUUCUCCAUAGACGGAUUACUGAACGGUUCCUGCACGGCUUCCGUGGUCAAUUCAAACCCUCUGCUGUCCUCUGGCUGCGGCAUGAAUGGAGAUAACCAGCAAUACAAACUGACAGAUUCGGGAGAUCCAGACAAGGAUAGCCCUGGUUGUAAGAGGAGAAGAACUCGCACUAAUUUCACUGGAUGGCAACUGGAAGAAUUAGAAAAGGCUUUUAACGAGAGUCACUACCCAGACGUGUUCAUGAGGGAGGCACUUGCGCUGAGACUGGACUUGGUAGAGUCUAGGGUGCAGGUUUGGUUCCAAAACCGCAGAGCUAAAUGGAGGAAAAAAGAGAAUACAAAGAAGGGCCCAGGCCGACCAGCUCACAACUCCCAUCCAACAACAUGCAGUGGGGAACCUAUGGACCCUGAAGAAAUCGCUCGGAGAGAGCUUGAGAGACUGGAGAAGAAGAAAAGGAAGCAGGAAAAAAAGCUUUUGAAGUCACAGAACAAACUACUGUCAGGAGACUUAUUCCACACUCCCGGUUCGGACAGUGACAGUGGAGUGUCACAAGUAACAGACAGUGAGCAAGGGCCGAACAUAGUUCAUUCUGACCUAGCAGCCCGAAACCAAACCGAAUCAAGCUGUGACCAAACACGUCAAAAAUUCCAGAGCCAAAGAAACGUGGGCCAAGACGCUAGCGGAUCAGAGCAGGACUCCUCCGACAGCAGUCACAACUCCAACUUGUGUUCCAACAACAGAGCUUCCGCCCUUCAAAAAUUAAACCCUUUCAGUGUGGAGAGCCUUCUUUCGGACUCAACGCCACGGCGGAAACCCACCUUGGACUUCCCUGCUUUACCCUCCCCACGACCCUUAAUAGGAAAAGGACAUUUCCUGCUUUAUCCCAUCACGCAGCCACUUGGCUUCAUUGUACCACAAACUGCUCUAAAGACAGCACAAAGCCCAGAUGCAGUUAACUCGGGACAAAGAGGCUUAACAACAGACAGCAGUCCCGCUCAAUCAAGCUUUGUAAAUUCAAAUAUUGGACACACAAACAAAAAUAAGUGUUUUAAUAGCAACAGCAACAUCAGCAACAGUCAUGGGACAACAAAUAAGGAACAAGCCAGCCAUCCAGGAAAAAAUCCGAGCUCACCACAAAGCGCCCCGGUCCAAACUACUUUUAAAAGUUCCGCUCAGUCUGUAGGCUGCUACAGCGAAGCACUGUCACAACAAACGGAAUCGCACAACGUCCAGCCAGAGUCUGCUCAAUCAGAUAUAAAUGAGAACUCUUCACAAGAUGUUACCGAGUGUUCCGAUGCGUCAAGAACAAACUGUCUAACAGAAACAAACACAGACGGAGAAGAUGUUGAUAUGGACUAACAUCGUGAAUAAAAAAAUACAUUUAAAAUAAGAAAGAUCUAAAAUCGCGUACGACUUCUCACAUUCCCAAAGCUCAACACAAG